UAAAUCCAGCCCCCAAAUGCUUCUGUGGGCCUGAUUGCUCGCGCGUCACUGCGCGGGAGCGUGAGGAGAGGCGUGGAGCUUUGUGACAACAUGGGUGGACGUAAAAACAGCUGGCCCCGCAGCCUGCGUCUCCAAAGAAGACUCGAACCUCCGCCAGACGCCGGCGGCUGCCAGGAUGGGUGGCGCCCGAGCUGGAAGGCGGCGGCCGUGCCUGUGCGGGCUGCUGCUGCUGCUGCUCUGCAGAGCCGAGGCCGCUCGCCUGGAGGGGGCCGCUGCUGGCCCCCGACGGCCCGGACGGCGUGCCUAUGCAGGAAGGGGCGGAAGUAAAGGCAAACAGCCUCCCGACUUUCCUGGCACGGUGGCGUGAAUGGGCCGCCCAGGGUGGCGCCGCGGCCCUCGUCGGAGGGGGCGGGGACGCCAGCAAGGUGGCCAAGCGGCAGGAAGACCCGCCCCUUCACCAGCCCCCACGCCGAGAGAAAGCGGAGAAAACACGCUGCAAGAAUUUCUUCUGGAAGACCUUCUCCUCCUGCAAAUAACCCCCACCCCGCAUGUGAAAUGCAUCGAUGUACCCAAAUAAAGCAUAUUAAAUAGCCGGGGUCUUU